AUGGGUUUGCAAAUGCGCAAUCUUCUUUCUGACAUGUUGUCAGAUAGCACACUCUGGUGCCGGAAAGCUGCACCAAGUGCUGCAACAGGUUCACAGGACGAGCGGGCUUCCAUCUUUGUCACAGCGGCGACACCUUCUUGGCCUGCUACUACACAUCCGUCCACUUGUCCAAAGGCCUCGUCGCAUUUGUCGCACGCACCAGUCUCCAGCUUUUUCGCUUCGUCCGAGGAGAAAGAUCUCGUCGCAGCACCAUUAUCAUCGCAAUGUCGUCGACCACAACGACCUCAAAAAGGCCGUCGGUUGGCGAAUUUGCACAGAGCAGGUCAACGUAGGACCACAGCCUUCGGCUCCUCGUCACCGUCCCUCAUUGCGGGGCACAGCAAAGCCACAUCCAGGAAGAAAACACGAGCCGCGACGAGCUUUCUGCCGGAAUUCAUCACCGACUUGCUCGGCGGGAAGCCGGACAUGGGAGACUUGCAAUCGAUCAUGGACGGGGAGAUGUCGAAGUACAUGAACCCGGGCGGCGGCUUCCCCCCCGGGUUUCCCGGCGGGGACAGCGACGUGAUCAUUCCGGAUCCCUACAGCUUUCGGACCUGCCACCGCCAGUCCUUCACGAACUGCGACUACCACUACGAGAUUUGGGGCACGAAGUUCAAGUGCGACGGCCCGAACAAGGAGCGGUGUCGGCCGCUCGCGCCCGUCUGCUACGAUUCCAUCGUGGAGCGGAAGCGGAAAGACGCGCCGGCGGGGGGCAACGACCCGGAGCACACCGCGGACAUCAUGCAAGACGACCGGUGGAACAAGCUCUGGUACAUACGGGACCCGCGGCUCGGGUUCUACGCGAACAGCCUGAUGCUCAUCAACCACAGCUACAAAAACACCAAAAACCGGCUGUUCGAGGAGGUCCGGGACGCGUGGAUGAGUAAAGUGAGGCCCUUUCCGGUGUUGUUUCAGAAGUUUGACUGCACCGACCCGAAAGUGUACGACGAAAUUUGCAAGCACGGCGGCGUGCCGCUGCACGAAGACUCGCUCGCGUUGACGAAACUCGACGGCGAGCACCUGCAGCACCACUGGAAGCGGUUCGUCGUGCCAUUGCGGAAAGUGAAGCCGAUUGUCAGAUUAUUCUACGACUCGCACGACAAAGGGAGUUUGGCGAAGGCUUUCGAGGACUUCCACGAUGCGGUGGAGGAGACGACGGUGAUGGUGCCCGGGAAGCCAGGGGAGUACCUGAAAACAGAGGAACCGGUUUUGAUGGCGUGAUGGAAAUCGCGAGUGUGGUUGUGUCAAAGACACCGAUCGCUGUUUCUGUAUGAUAUUGACGCAUCUAUAACUUGAACGCAAAAUGAGAAGUACGGCCUCGUACAUGCACUACGUUUCGCUUUUGGCGGUACCCACAGAUACUGGAAAGCCACUGCAGCUGUUACUGUGCUAGUGCGCUUUUCAGCGAGACAAUGCAGCAACCAUGGCUGUCAGGACGAGGAUGGAGAAGCGUCUUUUCUCCCCCUGUUCGAACUGCAGAC